CAAAGCCAUGAUGGCCAACACACACAUGAAAAGAUGCUCAACAUCACUAAUCAUCAGAGAAAUGGAAGUCAAAGCCACAAUGAGGUAUCACCUCACACCAAUCAGAAUGGCCAUCAUCACAAAAUCUGGAAACCACAAAUGUUGGAGAGGGUGUGGAGAAAAGGGAACUCUCCUGCACUGUUGGUGGGACUUUUUAUCCAAGUAUGAAAACCAGAUUACUAUUUUCGCUGACUACCUAGAAGAAUUUCCAGAUACAGAUGAGCUGGUAUGGAUCUUGGGGAAACAGCAUCGUCUUAAAACGGAAAAAUCUAAGCUGUUGUCUGAUAUAAGUGCUCGUCUAUGGUUUACAUACAGAAGGAAAUUUUCACCAAUUGGGGGAACGGGCCCUUCAUCAGACGCUGGCUGGGGAUGUAUGCUACGUUGUGGACAGAUGAUGCUGGCUCAAGCCCUUAUCUGCAGACACUUGGGAAGGGACUGGAACUGGGAGAAACAGAAAGAACAACCCGAAGAAUACCAGCGAAUCCUACAGUGCUUCCUAGAUAGAAAAGACUGUUGCUACUCUAUCCAUCAAAUGGCACAGAUGGGUGUAGGAGAAGGGAAAUCAAUUGGCGAAUGGUUUGGACCAAAUACAGUUGCGCAGGUGUUAAAAAAACUUGCUUUAUUUGACGAGUGGAAUUCCUUGGCUGUUUAUGUUUCAAUGGAUAACACCGUGGUCAUUGAAGAUAUCAAAAAAAUGUGCCGCAGCCUCCCCUUGAGUGCCGACACCGCUGCCGAGAGCGCCCCCGAGUCCCUGAACGCUUCGACCCAGAGUAAGGGCCCCUCUGCCUGCUAUCUGGCCUGGAAACCGCUGCUGCUCAUCGUGCCGCUCCGCCUGGGCAUAAACCAAAUCAAUCCUGUCUAUGUCGACGCCUUCAAAGAGUGUUUUAAGAUGCCACAGUCUUUAGGGGCAUUAGGAGGAAAACCAAAUAACGCCUAUUAUUUCAUAGGAUUCUUAGGCGAUGAGCUCGUUUUCCUGGACCCUCACACAACCCAGACCUUUGUUGACACUGAAGAGAAUGGAACAGUUGACGACCAGACUUUCCAUUGUCUGCAGCCCCCAAAGCGAAUGAACAUCCUGAACUUGGAUCCUUCCGUAGCAUUGGGAUUUUUCUGCAAAGAAGAAAAAGACUUUGAUAGCUGGUGUAGCCUUGUUCAGAAGGAAAUUCUAAAGGAAAAUUUAAGGAUGUUUGAAUUAGUUCAGAAACAUCCAUCGCACUGGCCUCCCUUUGUUCCUCCAGCCAAGCCAGAAGUGACAACCACAGGGGCAGAAUUCAUUGACUCUACUGAACAACUAGAGGAGUUUGACCUGGAGGAAGAUUUCGAGAUUCUGAGCAUAUAGAAUAGUGGGAACUCACCUUGGAGAUCUGUCUUCCAUCUGGCACCAGAAGAACAUGAACUCAUCACAUAAAACUUUUCUAGUCAGCAAGUGCCUGGUAUGCCAACAGCAUACAAACUUGAUAGGAAUCAUGACUGAGCCAGUCACCGUUUCUCAGAAAAAAACCAAGCAAAUGAACAAUAUGCCCUUCCCCCAGAAAGAACUAAAACAAUCAUGGAAUCUAAGAGCAGAAAGAUUAGGAGUCCUCUCCUGUGCUUCCCAGCUUCUUACAUGGCCACAGUGUAUCUUCAGCUACUGAAAUGAGGAGGUGGAUGUCUGGAAGACAGACAGCAAGUCCCACCUUGCUUCCAGCACCAGCAGAUGAGAGAUGGUUACCCUGUGCUUCUUCACCCUUUCAGGUUUGACCUCUCUGGGCUAAAUACUAAGAAGCAAUCUGUUCUCUUGCUCUAAUAAUAAAGUGAUAAUCAUUGUAUCAGG